UCCAAACACUCAGAGCACUGAGAGCAGUUAUUUUAAAACUUCAAACUCAGCCACUUCGAGGAGACCAUGGAAGGGAAAAAUAAUGGAUUCAUACCAAAAACAAGGGCGGGAACUCUGUUAAUUUAAAUAGUAAUCAUUUUAAAAACGAAAAUCGAACAUCGAAAAGAAGAAUUAAAAUGAAGGAGCGCCUUCAGCCGCGGAUCCGUGUUUGUUUGUGGUUCGCUGUUCUUUUGCGGCGUGCGCCUCUCCGAUGUCUCUCCCAGUAGUUCUUCCUGGAUCUUGCUGUCCAGUCGCGGGGGGUUCGCUGGCUUCACAUUUGGCUGACCCGGCAUACAGAAGCCGUCCACGCUGCAUCUCCAACGGCGCGUCUCGCAUGCCUGGAUCUCAGUCGCAGUUGUUCCCAGCGCUGCUGCCCGGCCGACCGCUGCUGUCUCUCGGAUUGCUGCAGCUGGUUCUCGGCUGUUCCAUGGUGGCGCUCUCUUUCGGGGCUUUGUCACUUAGCAGCUCGCCUCCCAUCCGGAAUUCGUGUCCGUUCUGGGCUGGUUCUUCAGUCAUCCUCUCAGGAAUCAUCGGUCUUACAACAUGGCGGAGGCCCAUGCUACUUUUGGUGAAUCUGUUUGUCCUGCUGUCGGUGGUCUGUGUGCUGCUCAACCUGGCUGGGUUCAUCCUGUGCUGUCAGGGAGCUCAGCUGGUGGCCAACAUGUCCUACUGCCAGCUGAGCGAGGUCGGGGAUAUCUGUCACUGCUGUGCCGAUAGCCCCAGCAGCAGGUGCCCUGAGGAGAAGCUGCUCAGACUGUACCCCGGAAACUCCUGCAACACCAUGAGGGUCCUGCUGAAGAAGGUUCUGUUUGCACUGUGUGCCCUGAAUGCUCUGACCACGGCCGUCUGUCUGGUGGCCGCUGUGUUGAGGUACCUGCAGAUCUUUGCUGCCCGGCGACCAUGCACAGAAGAGCCCCACCCCAUCGCAGAGGAAGGGGAGGAGCCAACCCAGAUUCCUGACCCGGACGAGUUUGUCCCUCCAGCCCCGCCCCCCUCCUACUUUUCCACCUUCUACUCUUACACCCCACGCCUGGCCCGCAGGAUGUUUGGUGACAGCGUGAUUCCACUGCCUCACAUAUACGGUGCCAGGAUCAAAGGGGUGGAGGUGUUCUGCCCCCUGGACCCUCCCCCACCCUACGAGGCUGUUGCGGGUCAGCCAGAGAACGCCACUCCCCAGGAGUCCGAGGUUCUUGCAACGGACCUGACCGAGGGCUUGAGUGACAGCUCAGAGACCAGACCUCUGUGUGCAGAGCCGUCCCCGCAGACCCCCCCUACCCCCCCUGUUCAGGUCAGAGGUCAGACGGCACCUGUGCCCCCCAGCAGAAGGACCCAGAAACAGCACCUCCGGCGGUCCAGCAGCGACCCGGUUCUACUGGACCUGGCUGCUAAAGUGCUGAGCUGCGAAGCCGCCACUCAGACGGAGGCGGGGCCAGGGGCGGAGCCGGCCGCGGUGACCCUACGGAGGGGGAGGGGCCUGCGCCGGCCCCGCCCCAGCUCCAUGGUGGAUUACCAGAGUUACCGCGACACCAAGCAGCUGGUGGCGGACUUCCUGCAGCAGGCCCCCCGCAGGCUGGCCCCCGAGGUGCAGGAGCUGCUCAACAGCAUCAAGACCGUCCUGCGCUCCGACCAGCAGCACAUGGACGAGGCAGUGCGCAGUGCCAGCUUCAUCGAGCAGGUCAUAAUCGGCUCCCAGGCCCCCCCUGCGCAGCCCGCGCAGCCGUGUGCGCAGCCGUGUGCGCAGCCUGCAGCAGCGGUGUCUGCGCAGACGCUGCCCCUGCCCCCGCGCAAGCGUCCCGGCCUGCUGCACCUGCGCAGCUGCGGAGACCUCAGCACCUUCACCAAGGAUGAGCCGCAGCCUGUCCUCCGCAGGGCGAGGUCUCAGCGGGGGUCCCGGGGGGACCACGACCGCCCCCACAGCCUGAUCGGGGUCUGCAGAGAGACGGUGCUCUGAGGAGAAGCCCCCCCUCACACGGACUCGGCCCUCGCUAACGGCUAGCGGCUAACGCGCGGAGAGGUGUUCCCCCUGCUGGUGAACCCACAGAACACAGUGAGCUGCCUGCUGUUGGAGCUCCAGCCAUGAAGACUGCUGUAGACUGCUGAAGAUAAACAGCUUCUAGAAGACCCCAGCCUUUGAACAGGCUGCGUGCGUGUGUGUGUGUGUGUGUGUGUGUGCGCGUGUGUGUUGUAAGGGAGGCAUUAUAUCGAAGGGAUGAAAGUUUAACGAUACGAUAAUUACGAUAAUUAUUAUUAUUAUUGCUAUGUUUAAUCAUCUCUGACCUGUCAAGGUUUUUUUUUUUUUCUGGACAUUCUCAUUUUUCUUGAGGUGAGGAAAAGGGUGGAAACUCUGGUAACUGGAAAUACACACCCCCACAUGUAAUAUAAUUUUUUUUUUUUUUUUUUUUGAGAAUGGAGAUAAUUGCUUUAUAAAGACCAGUAAAGAAAAAUCUGGACUUUUUCAAAAUCUGGAAAAAUCACCUUUUCUUUAUAAAUAUGUAAAUAAGAUAAAACCAAUAUUCAGGCAUCUCACUGGGGUGGGGAGAGAAGAUUGCUGCCUUCUCUCCAGCUGAACCAAGUGUUUCAUAUAUAACAUGUUUUUCCUUCUUAGAUGUGGUGUGCUGAGCCAAAAAGAUUUAUUUUAUGUGUUCAUGAACAGUCUGUAAUGGAGAGGGAUGUGGUGUGGGGCGUAAGGUGUGGGGUGUCCUUUCUUUUUGGGUGCAAUGUGCCUGUCGAUGAACAUUUUUGCCUUCACAAACUCAGUUUGGCUGACCGGGCUGUACCUGGGUUUGUGUGUGCGGGUAAGGCGGUUCAGCCGCUGUAAAGAGUGCCUUACCUCACCGGACAUGUGCUGCACUCACAGGGUUUCCCCCCCAGCCUCGCAGGGGUGUUCACGGGCACACAAAAUCUACAAAACACGUUCAUUUUAUCACCUGGUUUUUAUGUUUUUCAUUUCCCCUUCCUCCCCCCCCCCCCCCCGUCUCUUUUCUGAAAAAGCCCGUCGGUGCGAGUCCAUGCAGCUCGUUUAUGUGAAGAUUUCAAGGGAAAUAAAUGGAGAUUUCAGAAAAAGAAGAAAAACGUUUUCCACCCAAUUAAGAAGUGGUUUCUGUCUGUUUGUUUCAUCCAGUUUGAGAGCGAGGUUGUGGAAGCGCUGUUUCAUUGUAAAACCUGUCCCAAAUUGGAUUGAACUGUAGUUCUGGGGAGGUACUGGCAGGAUUAUAAUCUGUAGAGCUAAUUUCUAAUAGCUCCAUUCUGGGUGACAUAAAUACUUUUGGAUUCAAAUACUUUUCUGUGCUUGAUUCAUCUUGACUGUUUUUGAGACUAUUUCAUUUCACUGAGCUUGUUUAUACACCAGACAAGCUCAGUAAAGCACAGAAAAUUUUACCAGGCCUGUCUGGUUUUAAAAGGCCAGGGACUCCAAAGAUACGUCAUCAUUUCUAUACUUUCUAUACAUUUCUAUGAACAUGUCCAUGCAUACUUACAGUAGAGCUUUUCUCCUGCUAGACAUUUUUUAAUAUGAAUGUUAUUUAGCUGCAGUUGACAGUGGUUCAUAUAUUUAAUUGGUAUCAGGAUGGAUUAAAAAAGGCUGUUUGGAUUCAUGGUGAGCUCCUGACAUGAUGGCAGUUCUCGUCACUACUUCUGUGACCUCACCGUGAUGUCAGGCCCAGUGCCAGGUGA